AAACCAUAUUCUCUUUUUUACAAAAUCUUCAAAUAUAAGUACUUCAGAUACAAUUCUUAACUCGAAGUCAAUCCAGGAAAUCGACCAUCUUCAACUUGGCAAAGUCUUUUGGAGAGAAGGAAAAUUUUGGAAAAAGGAAUUAAGUGCAAAGUUUCAAUUUAAGGAUCUGUCAAAAUCAGAGAAGAUCCAUGGCUUAGGAACCAACCACCCUUUCCCAUUGCAGUGAAUGCAGAGAUGAAUCACUUACCUGGGUUAGACAGCUAUUCACAGGCGAGGAAGAAUGGAAUCACCAACUUCUUAUGAAAGCCUUCCACUAGACACAGAUUAUCAAAUUCAACAAAUUCCUAUCACAGAAGAGGAAGACUCAGAGAGUACGCGAAUUGGUUGGCGCGGAAUGCUUUAGUCUUUGAGAACCAAUUCCAGAAACUUGAGGAAAUUCUGUCUCAAGCAUAUUGUUGGAGAACUGGCGACAUCAUCUCCUCAAACCACCUUCUCUAUGAACAGCAGAUAGCAUCAUCAGCAGCAAUGAAUGCAGCAUCAAAAUUCGAAAACAAAAGGCCAGGGUUGGUGUUGGAUGAUGAUUAUGAUUCCUCGACUUCUCCGAGUCUAUAUAAACCGCCGAAUCUUAAUCACUAUCCGAAACAUCAUUCGCUUCAUUCUCACCACACUCCAAACCCUCUACCUCUUCGUCACCAUGUCCAAACCUUCUUCCUCUGAUCCUCUGGAACCACCACUCUUCGAUCCCAAGCAACCUUCAGUACCAAUUUCAUACCCAAUCAAAACCCUAGAGGAUCUCAAAACUCGCUCCUACUUCAAUUCCUUUCACUACCCUUUUAACAUUGCUUUGCUUCCAAUGUCACAUCAUGCCGCUUCAUCAUCAUCAUCAUCAUCAUCAUCAUUGCCUAAUAGGAGAAGAUUGUUGGUGUGUCAUGACAUGGCAGGCGGGUACUUAGAUGACAAGUGGGUUCAAGGGGGGACCAACCCUGAUGCUUAUGCAAUUUGGCAUUGGCAUUUGAUCGAUGUUUUUGUCUACUUUUCACACAGUUUGGUUACUAUUCCUCCUCCUUGUUGGACUAACACUGCUCAUCGUCACGGAGUUAAGGUGCUGGGUACUUUCAUCACCGAAUGGGAUGAGGGAAGAGCUGCCUGUGAUGUGCUGCUUUCAACAAAGGAGUCUGCUCAAAUGUAUGCAGAACGUCUGGUGGAGCUUGCUGUUACUUUAGGCUUCGAUGGCUGGCUAAUAAAUAUGGAGGUAAAUCUGGACCGAGGACAAAUUCCUAACUUAAAAGAGUUUGUAGAUCAUUUAUCGUCAUUGAUGCAUUCAUCUGUUCCUGGAUCGUUAGUGCUUUGGUAUGACAGUGUUACAGUUGAUGGUGAUCUGAAUUGGCAAGACCAACUAAACUAUUACAAUAAGCCUUUCUUUGACAUAUGUGAUGGGAUAUUUGUUAACUAUACAUGGAAGGAAAACUAUCCAAGCCUCUCUGCUGCCGUUGCAGGUGAUCGGAGGUUUGAUGUGUACAUGGGAAUAGAUGUAUUUGGAAGGAACACAUAUGGUGGUGGACAGUGGAAUGUAAAUGUUGCUCUCGAUGUACUAAGAAAGGAUGACGUAUCUGCUGCUAUAUUUGCUCCUGGAUGGGUCUAUGAAACAAAACAACCACCAGAUUUUGAGACUGCUAAUAACAGUUGGUGGGAUCUUGUGGAAAAGUCAUGGGGAGUAUUGCGUAAGCAUCCUGGAGUAUUACCGUUCUACACAAAUUUUGAUCAGGGACGCGGUUAUCAUAUUUCAAUGGACGGAGACCUUGUGUCGGAUGCUACUUGGUGCAACAUUUCUUGCCAAGGCUUUCAGCCGCAUCUCAAUUUUGCUGACUCUACAAAUCCUAUUCAAGUUUUUACAGACCUGAAGGGAUCAUCUUAUAGUGGAGGAGGGAACAUUACAUUCAAAGGAUCUCUUGAAGAGCAUGCUCACUUUGAGAAGAAAAUCUUUGAAACGGAGUUUGUUUUGAGCGAGUUGCCUAUCCACUUAACUUAUUCUGUGAAAUCUGAUGGCAAUUCUUCGCUGGGACUUAAGCUUGCAUUCACUUCCACCACCAACAAAAGAGAGUAUAUACUUCUUGCAUCGCAACCGUUGAACAAUUUCUCUGGAAAUUUCAGCAAAGCAAUCAUUACAGAUGGAAAUAAAGGACCUUCACCUGGAUGGGUUAUAAAUCAAGGUACGAUCGCAAUGAACGGAUACACACUAGCGGAAAUCCAUGCAGUGUGCUAUAGAUGCGAUUCUCCGACGAAUAAGUUGAGAUGGCUAUACAGUUCAGAUAGCAGCGAUAGUACUUCGGCUUCUACAUCAGAUUAUUUCGCAAUCCUUGGUCAUAUCUCAAUCCAGACAUUAGAAUACAAGUCAGAUUUUCCUGUGGCUUCUUCGUGGCAAGUCGACACCAAAUACAUGAAAUGGACACCAGGUCCUCAGGGCUCAAAGAUCCUUAGUCUUCAAAUUUCUUGGGAACUGAAAGACGGAAAGAACCAUCAAUUCAGAAGCUACAAUGUCUAUUUGGUGAAAUCGUCAAAACAAGAAGGUACAAGUUCAAGAUUGGAACAUGUGAAGGAGUACCUUGGAGUGGCACAAGCAAAAUGUUACUAUGUUUCUGAGCUUAAAGUUCCUUCUGGAACUUAUAGCCUCAAAUUUAUAAUACAAGUGUGUGGUGAUGAUGGAACAUUGCAGGAAUUGGACGAGUCUCCAUAUUAUGAAUUGGCGGUUGAAGGUCCUCAAAUUAGUAUUACAAUGUAACAUUAUUCGUGCUAUAAAAAGGAAUGUAUGUUGUAUAUUAGUAUGAUGCAGCAGCAAGCAAUAAAACU